AUGAAAUUCCUUUAUACCCUCGGGCUCUUGGCGCCCCUGGCCGCUGCCAAGGUUUCUUACGAUGGUUACAAGGCUUUCAGCAUUGAUGCUGGAAAAGACCACGAUGCUGUGGACACUAUCCUGAAGGAUCUCAAGUUUGUCUCUCUGAGCUGUGAGAGCAACCACAAGACUCUUGAAGUGGCCAUUGCUCCUGAGAGUCUCAAGGCCUUUGAGGCUCUUGAUCUCAAUGUCACUGUCAUCAGCGAGGAUCUGGGUGCUGAGUUUGCUGUUGAGGGAGAACUCUCGGCCGCCCUUGCUGCGCUGCCUGAUAUCUCCUACUUCAACUCGUAUCACACGUUUGAUCAGCAUCUUCAGUUCCUCACUGAUCUUCGGGCUUCUUUCCCCAGCAACUCCGAGGUCUUUACUGCGGGAACCUCUGUUGAGAACAGAGCCAUCCGGGGUAUUCACCUCUGGGGUUCCAGUGGCAAGGGAAACAAGCCUGCUAUUGUGUGGCACGGGACCGUGCAUGCUCGCGAGUGGAUUAGUGCUCCGACUGUUGAAUACUUGACCUACAAGAUCAUCGAUGGUUAUCAGAAGAAUGACGCCACUAUCCGCAAGACGCUUGACAACUAUGAUAUCUAUGUCCUCCCCAUCGUAAACCCCGACGGCUUUGUCUACACCACCAGCAACGACCGUCUCUGGCGCAAGAACCGUCAGAGACGCUCCGGCCAAUCCUGCGUCGGCACCGACGUCAACCGCAACUGGCCCUACCAGUGGAACGUCCCCGGCGGUUCAUCCACCAACCCCUGUGACGAGACCUACCGCGGCCUCGCAGCUGGUGACACCCCCGAGAACCGAGUUCUGGUCAACCAUACCAGGACCAUCGCCGAGAGCACGGGUAUCAAGUUCUUUGUUGACUGGCACUCGUACAGCCAGCUUAUUCUUCUGCCGUAUGGAUACAGCUGUUCCGCUAGUGCCAGCAACUUGAACAAGCAGAUGAGCCUUGCCGGUGGCGUUGCUAGCGCCAUCCGGGGUGUCAACGGUCUCACAUUCCGAUACGGCCCUACCUGCUCAACCAUCUACCAGACCGCAGGAGGCAGCAACGACUGGGCGCAAGAUGUUGCCAAGGCUGAGCUUGCUUGGGCCUUUGAGCUUCGACCGGCGAGUGCCAGUGCUGGUGGUUUCACUGUUCCGCCUAGCAACAUUGUGCCUUCUGGUGAGGAAAUUUGGGCGGGUAUGAGGUAUCUGUUUGCGAACUUCUAG